UCCAACAAACAAAGAAACAAACACACACACAAGAAAGAUGAGUUCAAGAGUGUUCAGAGCAACACCUGAUAACAACUAUUUAGUCCCCAGGAGAUCUAGAGACCAACAAGAAACCAGUCCUGACCGGAACCGGAUCUGGACCGAGCCUCGUCAUAAACCGACUGUUAACCGGAAAGUUCCCGUCGUCUAUUAUCUCUGCCGCAAUGGUCAGCUCGACCAUCCUCAUUUCAUUGAAGUCACUCUCUCUUCCACCGAUGGUCUCUAUCUCAAAGAUGUAAUAAACCGUCUGAAUGAUCUUAGAGGUAAAGGCAUGGCAAGUCUCUACUCUUGGUCUUCCAAAAGAAGCUACAAAAAUGGAUUUGUGUGGCACGACUUGUCGGAAGAAGACUUCAUCUUCCCCGUUCAAGGACAAGAAUACGUACUCAAAGGCUCCGAGGUUCUUGAUUCUUCUUCUUGUCUUCUCUCUAACCCCAGAAGCCUCCUCGGUACGACGUCGUUUCGGGACACAGAGAAACAAAACUCCGGCGACGAUGUCCCGCCGGCGACGAGUCGCCGGCGUAACCAGUCGUGGAGCUCCGUCGACCUCAGCGAGUACAAGGUUUACAAAGCGACCGAGUCUAUCUCCGAGUCGACGAGUCAACUCGGCGCGGACGCGUCGACUCAGACGGAGGAGCGACGGCGGAGGAGAAAGCCGCCUCCGCCGCCGGCGGCGAGUUUCGAGAAUCAGAGCACUGAGCUGAGCAGGGAUGAGAUCUCUCCUCCACCGUCGGAUUCGAGCCCCGAGACUUUGGAGAAUCUGAUAAAAGCAGAUGGACGGCUGAUAUUACGUCAAGAAGAGAGCAGUGGAGAGAAUCGGACGGUGGAGAGUUUUUCGAGCGGGAGGAUGAGAGCUUCGGCUGUGUUGAUGCAGCUGAUCUCGUGCGGUACGAUGUCGUUUAAGGAAUGUGGGCCUGUUUUGUUGAAAGAUCAUGGGCUUUCGUUGACUGGGCCUAGUACGGUGAGGCGAGGAGCAGGGGAUAACGGUAUGGAGAGGGUGGAGAAGGAGUUAGAGGGUUUAGGAAGGGUAAAAUUGGAAGAUAAGGAGUAUUUUAGUGGGAGUUUGAUUGAGAGUAAGGAGGAGCUUGUUCCUACUGCUUUGCAAAGAUCUUCUUCUUACAAUGCUGACAGGAGUUCAGGAAUGGGACCAACGACUGAGAAUGAUGAAGAAGAGGCGGUGGUUCGAGCAAAGUGUAUUCCGAGGAAACCAAAGUCGGUGGCUCUAAGGAACAAUGGUGUGCAUCAGUAACAAAAAAAUCUGCAAAGAAACGGCACGGAGUCUAACAAGCAUAUUGUGGGUUUAAGAACAAAGAAAAGAAGAAUAGGGAAUGAUGAGUAGUAUUGUGAUAUGUGUAACUAAAAACCCCAGUGGGUGCCAAAAAGUUAAACAUGAUGAUGGGUACAUAUAAAAUUCUUGUAGUUUGAGCCUAGGUGUACUUUGAGGUUAAUUUCAGACUCGUUUUAUUCACCUUAGUUAUUGGGAAUCUCG